CAAUCGGGGCCGGGCCAGGGCCGGCCGCGCGGCUGACGGAACUCACUCGGCGGCGGGGCGGGGCGGGCCGAGCGCGGGCUUCCGGCGAGCGCUCGGCAGGCGCCGAGGAGGAAGAGCGAGCCCGGACGGCGCCCCUGAGGCCGAGUGUUGAGCACAGCCAGGAUGACGACUUCAGGCGCUCUGUUCCCAAGCCUGGUGCCCGGCUCUCGGGGAUCCUCCACCAAGUAUUUGGUGGAGUUCCGGGCAGGGAAAAUGUCAUUGAAGGGGACUACGGUCACCCCAGAUAAACGGAAAGGGCUCGUGUACAUCCAGCAGACGGACGACUCCCUCAUCCACUUCUGCUGGAAAGACAGGACCUCCGGGACCGUGGAGGAUGACCUGAUCAUCUUUCCCGAUGACUGUGAGUUCAAGCGGGUGCCUCAGUGCCCCAGCGGGAGGGUCUACGUGCUCAAGUUCAAGGCAGGGUCCAAGCGCCUCUUCUUUUGGAUGCAGGAGCCCAAGACUGACCAAGAUGAAGAGCAUUGCCGGAAAGUCAACGAGUGUCUGAACAACCCCCCCAUGCCUGGAGCACUGGGAGCAAGUGGGAGUGGUGGCCACGAGCUCUCGGCGCUGGGCGGUGAGGGUGGACUGCAGAGCCUGUUGGGGAACAUGAGUCACAGCCAGCUCAUGCAGCUCAUCGGACCGGCCGGCCUCGGAGGACUGGGUGGGCUUGGAGCCCUCACUGGACCAGGCCUGGCCAGCUUGCUGGGGAGCAGCGGGCCUCCGGCAAGCAGCUCUUCAUCCAGCUCCCGGAGCCAGUCGGCAGCCGUCACCCCGUCCUCCACCACCUCUUCCGCUCGCGCCACCCCAGCCCCUUCUGCCCCAGCAGCUGCCUCGACAACCAGUCCAAGUCCCGCACCCAGCUCAGGUAAUGGAACCAGCACAGCAGCCAGCCCGACCCAGCCCAUCCAGCUGAGUGACCUCCAGAACAUUCUGGCCACUAUGAAUGUGCCGGCAGGGCCAGGAGGCAGCCAGCAAGUGGAUCUGGCCAGCGUUCUGACACCAGAGAUCAUGGCUCCCAUCCUCGCUAAUGCAGACGUUCAGGAGCGCUUGUUGCCCUACCUGCCCUCUGGGGAAUCUCUGCCCCAGACUGCAGAUGAGAUCCAGAACACGUUGACCUCACCGCAGUUCCAGCAGGCCCUGGGUAUGUUCAGUGCAGCCUUGGCCUCGGGACAGCUCGGCCCCCUCAUGUGCCAGUUCGGCCUUCCUGCAGAGGCCGUGGAGGCCGCCAACAAAGGUGAUGUGGAAGCAUUUGCCAAAGCCAUGCAGAAUAAUGCCAAAUCGGAGCCGAAGGAGGGCGACACAAAAGACAAGAAAGACGAAGAGGAGGAUAUGAGUCUAGAUUAAAUUAUUCGCUCUCCUUCCCCGAGGUGGAAUUCAUAGUUGUGUGAUUCUGUAGUGGCGAUUGUGAUUCCUUGUACCCUCUCCUGCCCCGCCCCCACUAAUAAAGUCCUUUCUUGUACCUGCCAA